AUGAGCUCUGAUAGUGAUAGUGAUUUCGGUAAUUUUUCAGAUGCAUCUUUUGAAGAAGAAAAUGAUUUUAAAACUGAGAAUGAAGUCGCUAAUCAAAUAUUGGAGAAAGAUUUAAAAGAUGGAACAGAAAAAAAACAACAAUUAACUGUUGGAAAUCAAAAUGACAUACUUGAACGACCAACUAAGGUAGCUUCUCAUGUGAAUUAUGAUGAUCUGAUUAAUAAUUAUUUGAAUGAUUUGUUAUCUACACCAAACCCAACCUAUAAGACUGAUGAUCCUGCCGAAAAUAGCACCGAGAAAUAUACUUUUCAAUUGGACGAAAGAAGUACCAUUAUUUAUCAACAAUUAGUAUGCUUACCAUUCCAAGUACAUCCCUUUAAUUGGAAUCAAUCUCAUUUACGUAUUUUACUUUUACAAAUAUUGAAAAUAAAAGACCAUACUUUAAAUGCUGCUGCUGCUGCUGCUGAUAAAAAUGACGAUAAUUUGAGUGCUAUUAAUAAAAGCAAUGCAGCUUGCUAUGACGAACAACCCAACAUUGUUAACAGUGAUAAGCUAGACAAAUUAAGAGAUCAUACUUUAUUCGAUAAACUUAUGCAAAAAAUACCAACAACACUAAAAAAUGCAGAUGGUGAUGUCAACCCUACUACUAUAAGUUCUGGAAUUUGUCAGGAAUUAGACAUUCCAACCGACAUUUUCCAUGAAUAUAUAGAAAAAUUAGUUAGUUUACAAAUAAAACAAGCCAACCUAUUGGAUAUCAAAUCCACCUAUGAACAAGUUAUUACGAAUCUAGUGGGACAUACUCAACGUAUUAGGAGAGAAGAGAUUGAAAAGUACAAUAAAAAAAAGAAUAGUAACAACAGCAGCAUCAAUAGUAGAAACGGGAGUGGUCUACUUAGGAGACGAAGUAUCAAAAAUAACCCUGGAACAAAGGGAAAUGACGGUAACACGUCUACAAAUACCAGUAAAAGUAAAAGAUUCAGUUGGAUAAUGGGAUGA